UUGGGCGAGAAAACCUCAACCAACACCAGCUUAAGCUGAGGUCGACUAAAGCAACCUAGCUGUGGUUAGUUAAAAAGGGCUAGCUCUGAUUAGUGUGUGAGCUAUUGGUACGCACGCUAAUGUUGGGAGUUAUACGAGCUCGAACGUGGUUGCGAUAUUCAGAGCCCCUUCUUCAACCAUGGAAGGUAGGGUUCUCCUCUUUGUCCGCCAUUGACGGCCGUAAACACCACCUUCUGAAUCUGCAGGAGAUCGAGACGGUUCUGACCGACGUUAAAGCUGACGACGUUAAGGUGAUACCAGUUCCCAAGCACUGCGAUUGGGCUGAUUUCAUGGUACUCGCCACUGGCAGGUCCACCUGGCACGUCAAGAACAUCGCUCAAGCCCUAAUUUACAAGGCUAAGCAGAAACAGAGAGGAGUUGAACGAAUGAUGCUACCGAGUGUGGAAGGUCAAGCAGGAGGAAAGUGGAUCGUCAUUGACUCUGGUAAAGUGAUAGUUCAUGCACUCGAUGAAAAGGCUAGAGCUUACUACAAUUUAGAGGGUCUUUGGACCCCUGGGGGAAUUCAAAAUGAACAUGAUGAGGAUUUACAAAAGGCUUUGGUGAAGGUUCGUCGGAAAAACAAUUCAAAGAAACCUGCACAAAAGAAUGCUUAAUUGGUGUUUCUAUGCAAUAGGGGCUAAAGAUACCUGCACAAAAGAAUGCUUAAUUGGUGUUUCUAUGCAAGAGGGCUGCAAAUAACCUUUUAAAACUGUGGUUUCUGACUCUGCAUUAGAUGUAAUUUUACUUGUUCUGAAUACAAAUUUUUACAGGUUGUCUUGCUGCAAUGCCAAAGUUAGAAAAGAGGUAGAGCUGAAGAAGUUUUCAUGUUGUCCUACAAUCGUUUUUUUACUGAAUUGGUCGUAAAAUUGAUGAAGAGUUAAUUUA